GAAUGUUGUUGUGUAUGGCUUUAUCAUUUUCGAACUGUGUUCAAAUACAUCUGUAUUUGAUUAUUUGUUAGGAUUUUGAGGAUUUUCAAAUAAUUUCCUAUAAAUAGCCAACUACCAAAUACUUAUUUCAAAUACUAUUUUCAAAUACCUGGGUUAAAUGCAUGGGAGUGUAUUUGAGUCAGAGUAUUUCUAAAUACAUUCCAAUAUUCAACUAUUUGUCUUUACAAAUAAAAAAUAUCUAAAUACUUACUCCCAAAUGUCUUUCCAAUACCUUCAAUAGUAUUUGAACACCGAUCUGAUCGUUUUCCUUUUCUAUUCUUUCCUUUUCUUUAAAAAAAAAUCUGUCUGUAUCUGCAAAGUUUGUAAUGGCAAAAUGUACACUAUACCUCAUUUUUCUAAUGUGAUUCCACUUGGAAGGGGACUUGUGAAAAUGGAGAUUGCGUCACUGAAUGAAACUGCUGUGAACAGCAACACGCACGGCAUCGCUAUGGACAGCGGCACAAUGCACAGUGUCGCUAUGGACAGCGGCACAAUGCACAGUGUCGCUAUGGACAGCGCCAACCGCACCUAUAUGCCUUAUUACCUGCAUUCCACCGGCAUGGCCAUCAGCUACAUCCUAUGCUAUGUGGUGGUUCUCCUGCUCUGUGUCGGGGGGAACGUGCUGGUCUCUCUGGUGGUCCUCCGGAACCGCAACAUGCGCUCUGUCACUAACCUCUUCAUCCUCAACUUGGCCAUCAGUGACCUGCUCAUUGGAGUGUUCUGUGUUCCAACGACUUUGAUUGACAGCCUGAUAUCAGGAUGGCCAUUUGGCCAGAUUACAUGCACCAUGAGCAACCUGGUCCAGGGGAUGUCAGUGUCAGCAUCAGUCUUCACUCUGGUGGCCAUAGCUGUUGACAGGUUCACAGGUAUUGUGUACCCCUUUAGACAUCGGAUAAGGCCCAUGACUGCUCUCCUCACCAUCCUCUUCAUCUGGGUGCUGGCGUUUGCUGUCAUCUGCCCCUCGGCCGCCAACCUGACUGUCAUCCAGCUGGAGGACACCUACAUGCUCCAGGACAACGAGACCUACCCUGUCUUUGUCUGCUUCGAGAACUGGCCCCGACCCGAGAUGCGUCGGGUCUACACCAUGGUCAUCUUUGUGCACGUGUACUUGGCCCCCCUGGGCAUCAUCAGCAUCAUGUAUGGCUGCAUCGCUGCCAAGCUCUCUAUCAACCUGAGGCAGGUGAGGCUGGCAAAAGUGCGAAGGGCCCGCUCCCAACGCCGUGUUAAAGUGAUCAAGAUGCUGACCAUGGUGGCUGUGCUCUUCAUGGUGUCAUGGCUACCUCUGUGGACGUUAAUGCUGCUGACUGACUAUAGGGAUCUGGACACGCAGCAGAUUGACUUCCUCAGCAGCUACCUAUUCCCUGUGGCCCACUGGCUGGCCUUCUUUAACAGUGGGAUUAACCCCAUCAUCUAUGGCUUCUUCAAUGAGAACUUCCGCAGGGGGUUCCAGGCUGCAGUGGCCUGCAGGCCCUGUUCACAAACAAUAACAACAGUUGUGGUUAAUACACGCUUCAACUUCCCGCCUCCUAACAGAGUAUUCAAUGAUAACCCUGAGUCAUCUGGUGGGAGGAAAGGCCACUGCUCCAAGGGCACUCCCAAGAUUAUCCCACAUGGAACCCAUGGAAUCGUCCUGGAUGACAGGAAUGUUGCACCCAACAGGGUAAUUGGUGCCUGGGUGGAGUGACUGUAAUUAGGGCUAUGACGAUUAUGGAAUUUUGGGCAACGAUUGUCAUGCAAAUUGUCAUGUUUUUUUUUUGUCAUAACAGUUACAGGCGGGGUUCUACUAAGCUAACGCAUAUAAUUGUUUUAAGAUGUCAUACCAUAGAUCAUUUAGCUAUUUGAUUUUGAAUUGUAGGACUCCUGUAUGUAUAAAAAAUAUAUGACAUUUUUUAAAAUAAAACAUUGAAUUUGGCUUUACUGUUAAUAGCCUAUAGAAACACAUUGAAUACCACAUUCAUACAUGGCAAAACAUGUUCCAAAAAUAAUUCAAAAGGAAGUAUGAACUGAUGUGUCUGAAAUACAUCUGAGAGAAACAAAAAGCAUCAGGAACAAAAAUAAUUAUAAAAUCUCUUGAC